GUCCCAUCGUCGUCGUUUGAUCACUCAGCUCACACCAAUCGCCAUGGCUGCCGCCCUCACCCAGAGCAAGUUCCUCAUGGGCACUGCCCUCGUCUCCAAGAGGCUUCUGGCCUCGCGCCGGGCCAUGGACAUGACUACCCGGGCCGCGUUCACCCUGCCUCCCCUGCCCUACCCCAUCGAUGCUCUGGAGAAGAAGGGCAUGUCCAAGACCACCUUUGAGUUCCACUAUGGCAAGCACCACCAGGCAUAUGUGACCAACCUGAACAACCAGAUCGCGGGCAAGGACCUUGAGAGCCUGUCGAUCGAGGAGGUCAUGCUCAAGACCUUCAACGGCGGCAAGCCCACCCCCGAGUUCAACAACGCCGCCCAGGUGGUGAACCACACCUUCUUCUGGGAGUCGAUGAGCCCCAACGGCGGCGGCAAGCCCAGCGGCAAGGUGGCUGAGGCCAUUGAGAAGGACCUGGGCGGCUACGACAAGUUUGUGGAGGCCUUCAAGGCGGCGGGCGCCACCCAGUUUGGCAGCGGCUGGGCGUGGCUGAGCGUGAACAAGGAGGGCAAGCUGGAGGUGACCAAGACCCCCAACGCCGAGAACCCGUGGUGCUACGGAGCCACUCCUAUCCUCACCAUGGAUGUCUGGGAGCACGCCUACUACCUGGAUGUCCAGAACCGCCGCCCCGACUUCAUCACCAACUUUGUGGACAACCUGAUCGACUGGGACCGCGUGGAGCAGCGCUACCUGGCCGCCACCAAGUGAGGCGGGCGCCCCGCCGCCCCUCCCCACGCCACGACUCCAUGCACUGCGCACCAUGCCACGAUACCAACCACCCGACGCACUUGUCCUCCGAUUGUUGUUCUGAAGCAUUUGAUUCUGCUUGCAAGCAAGUGAGAGUGUAACAUCCGAGAGAGGG